AGAUUUUAUAAUACGGGAGAGUUGUGUGUGGAAAGUCAGUUGUAGUGCGAAGUUUACAUGUUAAAGACGGAUACACGAAUUCAUACAAAAUUGUUUAUAUCUGAAGUUGACAUCAUGUCUACGACUUCUUUCUAUGAUGUCGGGGAUGUUAUAUUACAGAAUAUGAAGUUAAAUCAGUUGAGACAACAACAGCAAAAUCAAAGUGCUGAACGAAGGAAUACUAUUGGUGCACCAGUGAAUAUUCAACGGAAUAGAAAUUUCUCUAUUGGAAAUUUUACUCCAGUGACAGGGAAUAACGUUACACCUGUGAUUCCUAUGGAUAAUCAGAAUGGAUUGAAUGAUCAUAGAAAAUUGGAUAGAUCUUACAGUGAGCCUUGUGAUAGAACAAUGAAUAACAAUACAAACUUGAACACUCAGCAGCCUCAAAAACAACCUGCUGUGAAUUCCAGUAGAUAUAAAACCGAACUUUGUCGUCCAUUUGAAGAAAGUGGUCACUGUAAAUACGCGGACAAGUGCCAAUUUGCUCAUGGAGCACACGAACUUAAACAAUUACAGAGGCAUCCAAAAUACAAAACUGAACUCUGUCGCACAUUCCAUUCAAAGGGAUUUUGCCCUUAUGGUCCUAGAUGCAAUUUUGUUCACAAUGACGACGUAGGCAGAAAUGAAAAGAACAAUCACGUUUCAACAACACAGGUACAGGUUCAGCAACAACCAGCUACGCAGUAUUUCCAACACAUCUCGCCACCUGGGUUCAGUCAAUCUCCGCCACCUAUGGUUCAACGUCCAACCACCAUCAAUUUCAAUUCUAGUUACAACGGUUCUUUGGGCUCUUCAGCCGAUUCAUCACCUCCUUCAAGUGUGGGUAGCGAAAGUCCAUCUCUUAGCCCAGUGUUUUUUGGUGAGGACAUUCAAAUGUUAAAUGCUGGAUAUUUACCUAUGAACAACGGGCUCAAUUUUGACAAUUCUACAAGCAGUAAUGUGUUCACUAUGCCAGAAAUGGCAUCAUUAGAUCUCACUCCUUUAAACAUUCAAACACAAUUGAAUGCUGAUUUGGGACUGUUAACUCAGCAAUUCAAUGCUUUGGUAAAUUUGAACAAUCAUAGCAACAGUAACGAAAAAAGUUCUGCAUUUGACGAAUGGGAUUCUACCCUUUUCACUACCCAGCCACCAGCGUCACCAGACUCCAUUUCAGGGGAGAGCGUGGGAAGUGCGAGCAGUUUUGGUACUAGUAACACUUUUUCAACAUGUGGUUCACCAAUGGAGUCAGGAAAGAACUUUAGAUUACCUGUAUUCAAUCAUAUUUCCCAGGAUUAGAUAAAAACAUUGUGAUUUAUUCAAUUUUGCCUUACUGGAUUGGAUAACUGUUGAAAAUGUAAAAUUUUCAAGUUUUAUACUAAGAAAACUGGAGGUUGGCUUAAGUUAUGUACUGUUAAUACAAACCAUGUUACUAUAUUGUUUCAAGUAUGUUACAUGUACACAAAAUGGUAAUUUUGGUAUUUUUAAUUAAAUUUUGAAUUUAUUGUGAUAUUUUAGCAGUAAGGUCAUGAUUGCAGUGAACCUCCAAAUUUUCUUUAAAAAGUUGAUCGUUUAUGAAAUGUUUUUCAUUCCUGUUUUAUAUAUUUAUUUUUUGAGCGAUACCGACUUCAGGCGAAGUCUUGAAUUUUGACAAAUUGUGGUAAAUUGUAGCUUUAUAGUAAACUACACAUCCACAAAUUUUAGUAUUAAAGUAUUAUUAUUUUCCCAGGGCAAUUGUAGUUUUUUUUACUUGGAAGUGCCUAUAAUGUUAUUGUGUAAUUUUUCAGGUACAUUGUGUGCUAAUCUACACUGUUCAUGUAAUACUUGCAUUCAUCAACUGUUUAACUGCUUUUCAUUUGAGAAAAUAUUUAUUGUAAUGAUCAUGCAUUUAAAUUAUUCUCUCAUUUUAUUUGUCUUCAAAUUGUAAGCUCAUCUUUUUUCUCAUUGAAUCAAGUUCAUCGAAUCAAGUUUUGUUUAAUUCACAUUGAAUCGAGUUAUGUUCAAAUAUUAUCUUUGUUAAAUUAUUGAAAAAUUAUCAAAAAAAAAAUCCAAAGAGUUUGGGAACAUAUUUUGUCAUUUUGCAAUUAUCCAUUACUCAUCGCACUGUUAAUAUCCAUGGAUCAUGUUAUUUAUAUUUAACGAAAACAAAAUAUCCAGGUUUGGAUGUACAAUUUAUCAUUUUUGAAAAAAAAAUAUGUUAUAAAAAAAAUAAAAUAUAUUUUCAAAGCUUA